AUGGAGUACGACUACAACGAUAGAUUGGCCUUUUUGGCCAAAUGGUUAGACACUGAGCGAUCGAUGCAAAAGAAUUUCAACGUUUACUAUUAUCCCAGCAACAACACUUUGGAAAUGUUCGAUCGCGAUUUGAACAGGAUUUAUCUGAAACGAAUUAAAAUGGACGGAUUGGGAUUCAAGGAUAUGUUUAUUGGUAACACAAUACGAAUUUAUGGUCGUCAAAUUCGUCUAACCAACUACGCAGACUCAAGAACCGAAAAAAUAAUAGGAAAAACUAAAGAGCACACAGUUUGCGUUAUCAAACCCAGUUUGUUACCCAAAUUAGGAGAUGUGAUAAUCGAAAUUGAAAAGACAGGUUUCCAAAUUUGCAAUAUGAAAAUGUGCAAACUAUCCAAAAAAGAAGCAUUGGAAUUAUAUGAACCGUAUAAAAAUAAAGAACCACUACUACCAUUCAUCUUGGAGCACCUUGUUUCCGGUCCCAUUGUUGUUCUGGAAUUAGUUGGUGAAAAUGCAGUAGAACGUUGGUUAGAGCUCCUUGGACCGACCGAUCCUGUUGAGGCGAGAAAAACGGCGCCAAACAGCCUUAUUGCCAUUUACGGUGAAGAUAGCAAAGUAACAAACGGAUUCCUUGCUUCCCAAGACGAAGCCAAUGUUAUACGGGAAAGCAACUUUUUCUUUGCCAAAGAUAAAACGAGAGAAGUUCCUCAAAAUAACAUUUCACUUCAAAACACUACAUGUGCAGUAAUCCAGCCUCACGCAAUUGAAGAAGGCAAGCUGGGGUACAUUUUGGCAGCUAUAAAUGAUGCUCAUUUUUCCAUCAACGCGCUGGAAAUGUUUUACUUGAGCAAUACAAAUGCCGAGGAAUUUUUGGAAGUCUACAAAGGCAUAGUGAGUGAUUUUAAUGCAAUGGUUUUAAGCUUUGUAGACGGGCCUUGUGUAGCCUUGGAAAUUGCCGGGAAGAAUAGUAACAUGAAGGUUUACGAAGAAUUUCGAUUGUUUUGUGGCCCUAAGGAUUCCAGUAUUGCUAGGCAAAUAAGACCUUUGACUUUGAGGGCCAGAUUCGGUUGUGAUAAGUAUAAAAAUGCCGUUCAUUGUACCGAUUUGCCUGAAGACACUGUGCUGGAGUUGGAGUAUUUUUUUAGAAUCUUGAAAGACUAUUAA